CCGCGAAAAGCUUCUAAACAAAAAUACAGAGUCACACACUGAGACAAAUUUGAGAGAGAAUGGAAGUAUCGAGUCUCCCAAUUUCAGCUUCGCAUAGAGCAAAGUUGAUAUCCGCCGGCUACAUUUCUAUCUCCUCCCUCAGCUCUAUCUCGCCGGCCCACCUCGCCCGUGAUUUGGGGAUUUCAGAGAACGAGGCUACUGGGAUUUUGAAGGUGGCAUCCCAAAGGGGUGGACCGGAGAGAACCAUUCCAAGUCACCACUCUAUUGUUGAUGGUUUGAGGGCACAGACCGCCUGGGACAUGUUGCAUGAGGAGGAAUCAUGCAGAAGAAUUACCACAUCAUGUGCAGAUCUUGAUGACAUCCUAGGUGGAGGAAUAAGUUGCAAAGAAGUUACUGAAAUUGGUGGAGUGCCAGGAAUUGGUAAAACACAACUUGGUAUUCAACUUGCCAUCAAUGUUCAAAUUCCACUUGAAUACGGUGGCCUUGCAGGGAAAGCAGUUUAUAUUGAUACGGAAGGCAGCUUUAUGGUUGAACGUGUUCAGCAAGUUGCUGAAGCAUGCAUCAAAGACAUGCAAGAAUAUGAUAGCUUUCUACGUAAAGAUUUGCCAGCCCGUCAAGUAAAUCUGCAGGCAAAUGAUUUUCUUGCCAAUAUAUACUACUUUCGCAUUUGCAGUUACACAGAGCAAAUCGCCGUGAUAAAUUACUUGGAGAAGUUCAUUUCAGAGCAUAAAGAUAUCAAGGUUGUUAUUGUUGACAGCAUUACUUUUCACUUCCGUCAAGAUUUUGAUGACAUGGCACUUAGAACUCGAUUACUUGGUGGAAUGGCCUUGAAGUUGAUGAAACUUGCAAAGAAAUUUACUCUAGCAGUUAUUUUGUUGAAUCAAGUAACCACCAAGUAUUCGGGAGGUUCAUUUCAACUGACUCUUGCUCUAGGUGAUAGUUGGUCACAUGCUUGUACAAAUCGUAUCAUUUUGUACUGGAAUGGCAAUGGACGCUAUGCCCAUAUUGACAAGUCACCUUCUAUUCGAUCAGCAUCUGCUCCAUAUGCUGUAACUGGCAGAGGGAUCCGAAAUUUGGCUUCAAACUGUAAACGAGUCAAACUGAUGUAAGUUUAUACUGACUCGCUAGAAAUCAAUGCAGGGGUGCUUUGUUUCCUUGUAGCUUUGUAAUUAUAGAACCAAUUUGUUGUCUGAGGCUGAAUGACAAUGAAUCAAAUCGCCUGGUGGUAAAAUCAACGUUUUAGUCAUCUCUCCUUCCAUUAUCCCCAUCACAAGGACUUCAGAACUUUCGAGAACACCUGUUCUUACAACAUAAUUUGUAAUAUACCAUGGAUACAUCUGAAAAUUUAGAAGUCAACUUU